GCUGUCGUCAUAUUCCUGCGUCCCAGGAGGCGCGAGGCAAACAAAUAUGGCGGACGAGAACGAGCGAUCGAAGGCUACGUGCACUUUUCUGUUUAAAAAAAGCGCCAAGAAGUUCAGCGCUCGCAAGCGGAAAACAGGCGACAGUGACUCAGCUAGCCACAGUGAAGAGGAGAGUAAUGUGGUCGUCCGCAAGAAGAAGUCCAGCAGUGUCUUCAACCCAAUGAUCCAGCAGUCAAAGAAGACGGAGAGAGAGCAGAUAUCCGACAGCGACAGCGACAAGAGCCAGAAGGAGUCUGUCGGCGUCUCCUACAAGUCGUCUCGCUCCGCCAAACGAGAAGGUCCAGAUGACAUGGGGGCCACAGCGGUAUACGAGUUGGACACCGAGAAGGACCGGGAUGCCCAGGCCAUCUUCGAGCGCAGCCAGAAGGUCCAGGAGGAACUCUCUGGUAAAGAAGAUGACAAAAUCUACAGAGGCAUUAAUAAUUACCACAAAUUCAUCAAACCCAAGGACACCUCCAUGGGGAACGCCUCCUCAGGAAUGGUCCGGAAAGGUCCCAUUCGAGCGCCAGAGCACCUGCGGGCAACAGUGAGGUGGGACUACCAGCCUGACAUCUGCAAGGACUACAAGGAGACCGGCUUCUGUGGCUUUGGAGACAGCUGCAAGUUCCUUCAUGACCGGUCGGACUACAAGCAUGGCUGGCAGAUCGAGCGGGAGUUGGAUGAAGGACAUUAUGGAAUGGCAGACAAUGAGAACUACGAGGUGAGCAGCGACGAUGAAGACCUCCCUUUCAAGUGCUUCAUUUGCAGGGACUCCUUCAAAAACCCAAUUGUCACCAAGUGUCGCCACUAUUUCUGUGAGCGCUGUGCCCUGCAGCAUUACCGAAAAUCCAAACGGUGCUACGUGUGCAACCAGCAGACAAAUGGCGUCUUCAACCCGGCCAAAGAACUGAUAAGCAAACUGCAGAAGAUGCAGGUGCCCGAGUCGGAGCCAUCAGACCAGGAAGACCCCGAGAACUCGUGACGGGAGCCCGCUGGCCAGCAAGUCCUCCCGGUUUGCUUUUUAUUUUUCUGUGUGUCGUCUUACCACUUGUAAUUAAACAUUUCAAACCCU